AUGGCCGAGAAGUCGCUGAUUGUAGUCCCCCUGGUCAUGAACGGCGUGACGGGCCGGAUGGGUACGAACCAACACUUGAUCAGAUCUAUCCUUGCGAUCCGAGAGCAAGGCGGUGUCAAGUUGCCCAGCGGCCGCACCAUCAUGCCCAAGCCGAUACUGGUCGGACGCUCUCUUGAGAAGAUAGAGAUGCUCGCCCGGGCUCAUAAUGUGGACGACUAUGCGACUAUUGCUGAUCUCCCCAAUGUCCUUCGAAGUAUGGUCGCUGAAAGCAAGCAUACUAUCUAUUUUGAUGCGCAGACGACAGCACAUCGUUUUGAGGCAGUCACAGCUGCCAUGGAAGUUGGCGCCAACGUCUACUGCGAAAAGCCGCUUGCCUCAACUUCGCAGGAAGCGCUUGAGUUGCAUCGGCUUGCUGUAUCACAGGGUAUCAAGGCCGGCGUGGUCCAAGAUAAGCUCUACUUACCUGGCUUGCUCAAGUUACGUCGGCUGAUCGACAGCGGAUUCUUUGGUGACAUCCUGUCCGUCCGAGGUGAAUUUGGGUAUUGGGUCUUUUCCGGGCUAAGUCCCGAUACUGUUGACCCGAGCAAACAAGCACCACAGAGACCAAGCUGGAACUACCGAGCAGAAGAAGGCGGAGGAAUCAUUUCUGACAUGCUUUGCCAUUGGCAAUACCUAAUUGAAGGGCUCUUUGGUCGGAUCGCUUCCUUGAAUUGCAUAGGUGCGGUGCAUGUUAAGCAGCGGACGGACGAAGCUGGAAAACAAUACAAUGUCACAGCUGACGACAGCGCAUAUGCCUCAUUCGAGCUAGACAAUGGUGCGAUCGCGCACUUCAAUAGCAGCUGGGCUGUGAGAGUACGUAGAGAUGAUUUGCUGACACUGCAGAUCGAUGGUACGAAAGGCAGCGCUGUGGCCGGACUGCGAGAGGUGUGGAAGCAGAGUGCAGAGGAUACGCCAAGAGUGGUCUGGAAUCCUGAUGUGAAGUCUGAAAUCGAUUACUGGCAGGGCUGGGUGCAGGAAGGGCUGAUGAUUCUGACGAUACGAUAUUCGACAAUGGAUUCAAAGCCCAGUGGGAGGAGUACUUACGGUACGUCGUCGGUGAGUCGAUAG